GGCGAGAGAACAUUCAGAUCGAACCAGCACAGCAUGCACUACCAUUUCUGCUGUGGAUCUCCACAUGCUUUCAACAUGCCAGAUCAAUGGUUUGCUUGUCCCAUCGGUCACUUCCUCCCACACCCUCCCCUUGUGCCCCUCUUAGCUAGUCACCUGUCAUCACCCAAGAACAAGCACAGUAUGCAAACUAAACAUGUAUAUAAUUAAUGUUGACAUGAAACAGUAUGCAUGCUUUAGCUUCUUGAUCCUACACAUCUGCCAAGCAGCUUUGCACGCAAAAGUAGUAGUGAGUGCCCUUGGGGCUCCAAAUGGUAACAGCUGAGCCACUAAUGCUCGUUCCUACGCUGAAUAAUAAGUUGGGGUCGACUCGGAUCGCUUGCUUUGCUUUGCUUGUCGUCCUUUUUUUUUUCUUCUCCUCUAGCUAAUCCCCAUCAGUGGAUGCUCCGAUCAGCCGUCACUAAGCUGCCUGCAAUCCCCGUGCUCCUCGCAUGAGUCACCCCCAGCAUUUCCCAUCGACCUUCGUCCUCCUCCCGCAUUGGCGCACCACUGAUUAGCCGGCGACGGCGUACGUGGCGCACUAGCGGCCGGGCUCGACCGAUCGCCGGAUUAUCCAUGUCCUGCCUGCUGCACUGCACACCGGAACAAGGCAUAUGCUCUUACGAGGUUCCCGUGCCGGCGCCACCGCCUUUUGCGACGCAGUAUAUAUAGGGUUCCACACGUCUGAGCAGAGCCUCCACAAGUCCAGAUAGAGGUGUAGCUAGUAGACACUGCUUAGCUUGUGGUGGCUAUCUAGCUAGCAAUGCUUGCCAAGAUGGGUGGCAGCGCCAAGGCCUACGCUGCCGUCGUUCUCAUCAGGCUCAUGUACUCCGGCAUGCAUGUCGUGAGCAAGGUGGCCUUGGAUCAGGGCAUGAACCCCCUGGUGUUCGUCUUCUACCGGCACACCACUGCAGCGCUUGUUCUGAUCCCUAUCACCUUCGUUCUCGAGAGGGGAAAAGCUAAGCCGGUGACGUUCAAGAUUGGGUGGAAGAUGUUCGUGCACGCCCUAUAUGGGGUGACAGCAUGUGGUGUGUUAUUUAACCUUGGCCUCAACUAUGCUUCUGCUACGUCGUCGUCAGCAUUGUACAAUGUUCAACCGGUGGUCACAUUCAUCCUAGCCGUUAUAUUCGGGAUGGAGACUCUGAAACUGACGAGGUUCCAUGGCAAAGUAAAAUUCGCGGGUAUCCUCUUCUGCAUCGCCGGCGUCACCGUGCUGGCCUUCUACGAGGGGCCAAUGUUCAGAUCCUUCAACCAUCACCACCUCUUCCAGAACGGCGGCAGCAGCAGUCCCGCGGGAGCAGCAGAGGAGCACUCCAAGAAGCAAUGGGUGCUGGGGAUUUUUCUCAUGACACUAUCCAACGUUCUAGCAGGCCUGUGGACAGUGCUUCAGGGGCCACUGAUAGAGGACACCUCCAAGCUGAUGAACACCACGCUCCAGAUCUCGUGCGCGUCGGUUCAAGCCUUCCUCGUGGCCGUUGCAGCCGAGAGGGACUUCACCAAGUGGAAGCUGGGCUGGAACGUUGGCCUCGCCGCGAUAGUCUACAGCGGCGUGAUCGUGACGGCGCUGUCGUACUACAUGCAAAUGUGGACGAUCGCCAAGAGGGGCCCGGUGUUCCUGGCCAUGUCGAUGCCGCUCACCUUCGUGUUCACCAUCGUCAUAUCCUCCUCCAUCAUCGGGGACGCCGUCAGCCUAGGAAGCAUCUUUGCCGGUGUGCUUCUGGUGGGAGGCCUGUACAACGUGUUCUGGGGGAAGAGCAUCGAGGAGCGAGACGACCUGACCAAGAUCAGCGCCGCCGCCGGCGGCAAGCCCGGGCUGGAGCUGCCGCCGCCGCCGCAGAACAACAAGGCGGGCCUGCAGGCGCCCCAAGUGCCGGAUGACGAUGACGCCGCAGAAGCGAAGGUCUGAUUCAGCUUGCAGCCCAACGACGACGUGACAGGAAAGAUCGUGUGCAAAGCUAUUCAGGCCACUAGGUUUCAGGGUGCUGGGAACACAGCAGGCAGCCAACAGCUGCGUCCAAAUCGAGUCGAUUCGAUCCAGCCAGAUGACUGUUCUCUGUGCCAUUGUAUCUACACGCCCCUGCCGGCACAGUGGUUCGAUUCGAUCUCGUCCGCAGCACCACAGUUAGUUCACCCAACCGCAUGAAUAAAAAAAAAAGAAGGAAAGCCUCGGUCGCUUUCAGCGAGCUUCUGCGCGGCUUCGCCUAUUCGCCA